AUGAAUUGCAGAAAUUACGAAGACAGCCACGGACAGGUGAUAAAGAAUUCUCUUGACAUUCCUCACGUUAUGCAGGAAGACUCUUUUGACUGUGGACUCGCUUGUGUCUGCAUGAUAUUACGCGGGUUAGGACAGCAUGACAUUACGGUAGCCAACAUGCAUGAGGCAGUUUCCAUGUCGACGAGUAUUUGGACAAUAGACCUGGCCUUUCUCUUACGAUCCUAUGCACCGGAUUUGGAUUUUACAUUAUAUACAUCCUUCACAGGCGCGAGAACACAGCAUCGAACGACGUUCGAUGAAGACGAGCAGAGGGUAAAUCAUUUAUUUGACAUUGCUCAGGAUUCUCGUGUAAAGACUGUGAGAAUGAUAUUGUCAUUGGAUGACUUUCGCAAGCUCCUUCGCUCGUCAAGCUUUACAAUCAUUGCUCUGGUAAAUUCCAGGUUAAUACGAUGUCGAUUGUGUCAGCAACAUCAAUUAUGUUAUCAACCGCUUCUUGAAGUAUUUAAUUCUUUUCUAGAAUUCUGGAACGGUAACGGUUAUGCAGGUCACUUUAUCGUCCUCGUUAGCUUUGAUCCAAAAACCGACUCAUUCAUUUAUAGAGAUCCUGGCGUUAUCGAUGAAGAUUGUAUGAUUACUGCGAGAAAUUUUGAAGUUGCUCGUCGAUCACCCGGAACAGAUGAAGAUUGCAUAGUUAUCAAGCUGUUGUAG